AUGUCUCGCCAACCCUCACAGGCCCAGCGGCCGUUGUCUCUCACGGAGGAACUCGAGAAAUUGGAACAAUCCAUCACCUUAACUCUUCAAGAGAUCGACCACAAUUUCAGUCAAGCGCACCGGAUUGUUACCACGAGUAUUCUACCACUGGUGGAGCAAUACACUGAACAUUCCCGAGAUGUCUGGGAAGGUUCCAAGUUCUGGAAGCAAUUCUUUGAGGCAAGCGCCAAUGUUUCUCUUUCUGGCUAUGAAGAACGGAACAACGAUGAAGAGACGGUGCAAGACCCUACAGCCGCAGAAGAAGACUUAUCCACCGAUAUAACACAAAGCACCAGCCACGAUGAGACUUACUCCGAAGAGACCCCCUCCUCUCAACACCACGGCCAAAGGGAGGGUCUAGACCUAACAGACCUUGCAAUCUCUUCCCACAGCACCCCGCGUGCUCCAGGCCACGCCCACCCGGCCGACGAUGACAUGACUGCCUCCUCGAUCGAGUACUCCUCCUCAUACGAGCUCCUGAGAAAGCAAGUCAACGAGUCCGAAGCCCCAUUCGAUCUCCCCGACUCAUCAACCCUCCCAUCAACCCCGGGCCGUCAGCCCUUCUUCCCACGUGGCGUCUCCGCCUCAACCCCAAUGUCCUCACCAUUCCUCCCGCCCGCGUCGCAACCAUCCACACAAGACCGUCGCCACCAAAAGACCUCUGACCCAGUCCUGCACCAUAUGCUCGACAAAACAUUCCGGGUCCAAGCCACGCCACUUGGAAAGGGCUUCCGCAACGUGGGAGGGCCCACGAGCACUCGGUCCAAGUUCAACAUCACGCCGAAGAAAGCCGAGCCUACCUCGAAAUAUGGCUAUGACGACUCUCCCAUUUCCAGCCCGGAACCAGAGGCACCCCAACUUCACUCAGAGAUCUUCUCUUCGCCCAUCAAGGGCGUAAAUACCCCGGGCACGAACCGCAAACGUCGAACUAGCAGCAAUCGCAUGCGCGAAACCCCCAGACCCGGGAUGAGUGUUUUGACUCCCGCCAAGAAGUCAGCUGGAAAAUCGGCCAUGUGGGAUAGUGAUGAUGACAUGGACUAUGAUGAUGAGGAACUUGGGCCGAGCCCGCCCAAGACAAUGCAAUUCCAUAUCCCGCAGAGUAGGCUCAUGAGAACACCUGCGAGAGAAGCUUCCAAGCGCAUUGUGACGGAUUUACUGGCUACUGCUGGUGCUGGGGACAUUACAGAUGACAUGGACGAUGACCAGAGCCCAAGCGUGAUCCGCCGGAUGGAACACUUGGAGGAUGAUACUUUCUAG